AUGGGCAACGCCACACUGGUGGUGGCUGACGCGGCGGCUGUGGUGCACGGUGCUGGAAAUGCGACGCAGGAGGCCAGGGAGGUCCCGAUUGCCAUGGCUGAGGCGAGACAAAGGGAGGACGAAGAAGCAGCCAGGAAGGCAGCAGAGUUGGUGAGGGAGUCGGCGGAUCGUUCCACGGAGGCAGUGACAGAGGCGAAGGACGCUGCAAAGGAUGCACAAGAGGCAGCUGCGGCCGCCACGUCAGCAGCGGAUAACGCUGCAAAGGUUGCAACAGAACUCCAGACGGCAGCAAAUGACUUGAAUACAGAAAUUGCAAGGACUGCGGAGACGCUGAACGGGAGUCAACGCGUAAAUGGAGCCGGCGAUGAUAUAGCAAAUAAACAGAAAGAGCUGGAAGCAAAGGCUUUGGAAGCCAAAAAGAAUGCGGAGGCGGUUGAGAACCGGUCCAAGCGGGCGCUGGAGAAGGCACGGAAGGCACGGACGACGGUGGUCGAGGCGCAAGCGAAAGCAGGCGAAGCAGGGCGACUGUCAAGUUGGUCGUCAUCGUCCACGAAGGAGUACGUGAAGAAGAUCAGCACCGCGGCAUCAAAGGCCACUGUCGCUGCUAACGAUGCCAACGUGGCGGCGGAGAAGGCGGAGGAGAUCGCGACAAAGGCAUUGGAGUCGGCGAAGAAUGCGAGGGAGGCGGCUACCGCGGCCUACAUGGCAACACAGGCCGUCAAGCAGGUGGUGACGUUCGACAAAGUGAAGAUUGAGGACAAUGCUGAAGGCGUGCCGCUCAACGGCGAUGAUACCUCGGACAUCACUGCCUAUAUUGCGCUGAAGCUUAAAACCACAGCGGAAUUCGCCAAUAAGGCACAAGAGAACAAGACAUAUAUGAAAAAAACCGCUGCGGUGCUUCAUGAAUACGCAGGAGAUGCAGUGAAGGCUGUUGAAUAUGCAAGAGAAGGCGUGGACGACGCAGAGAAUUCCGUUGAUUCUGAAAGGGUUCUGGCAGAGCAGGACUGGAAGCAGCUUUCCCAGGGCGCGGCUCGGUCCGGCAAGAAUGGGAGGGCGCUGAUGCGCAACGCGGCGGACGCCAGCGACAGCCCUGCGUGGGUGCGUGGGGUGCCGCUGCUGCUGCUGCUGAGUGCGCUGGCCCUUCUGGCUGCGUGCUGA